AACAGAGGCAAAUACUAAACAAGUUCCAGAUGAUACAACAACGGAACCGUUUAAACCUAUAUUAAUAGAGCCUACCCAGCCUUAUUCAACUGAAACUCCUCUUGUUCUAUCUACAUCACAAGUUGAAGAUUUUCAUGUCGGCAGUUCUGGUAUCAUACCAAUACAAGACAGAACAACAACUCCUCCGUUACCAAAAGUGACAACAAUGUUGCCUUUCUUCGAAACAACAGUUAUUCCUGAAGUAAAUUCAUUCACAAGUCCAUCGGACAUAUUAAAAUUCAACCACGAAGAUGCUAAAAUACCUCAAGAAUACAUCAAGUUACGAAACAGAGAUGCAAUUGCAAAUAGAAGAAAUUUCAGAGAAGACAAUGACGAAGAUAAUGCAAACACGCAUAUUGUAACUUCCAAGAAUGAAGUUACCAAAACAACCACGAUGGAAGCAACAAUUGAAACAACUGAAGAAUUUGAAGAUACAACAACAGUUCAGACAUACGUUCCCCAAAUAAACGGUCAUUAUAGAACCAUCAGUCAAAAUUUAAGAGCUUUAAAUAUCACUCCAGAGAGUAGUAGAAAAAGGAGACUUGAAUUAGUCAUAAGUGGUUUUCGUAAACCAACAUAUGUUCCAAUGUACGUGGAAAUUAAAAGGAAUAACACAGUAAAAUCCGGAGAUGACGAAUAA